AUGGAGGGCCCGGGCAUCCAGGCUGAGCAGGAGCCGCUCCUUGGCGACCGCACACCCGGAAGCAGAGAUUGGGAAAUUAUAGAAACUGAGGAGCAUUAUAAGAGCCGAUGGAGAUCUAUUAGGAUUCUGUAUCUUACUAUGUUUCUCAGCAGUGUAGGAUUUUCUAUUGUGAUAAUGUCAAUAUGGCCCUAUCUCCAAAAGAUUGACCACACUGCUGAUACAAGGUUUUUGGGCUGGGUUAUUGCUUCAUUUAGUAUUGGCCAAAUGGUAGCUUCACCUAUAUUUGGUUGGUGGUCUAAUCAUAGACCAAGAAAGGAACCUCUCAUUAUCUCCCUCUUCAUUUCGGUGGCAGCCAACUGCCUCUAUGCGUAUGUGCACGUCCCAGCUUCUCACAAUAAAUACUACAUGUUGGUGGCUCGUGGAUUGGUGGGAUUUGGAGCAGGGAAUGUGGCAGUCAUCAGAGCAUACAUUGCCGGUGCUACUUGCCUUCACGAAAGAACAAGUGCCAUGGCAAAUACAAGUGCAUUUCAAGCAUUAGGUUUUAUUCUAGGUCCAGUUUUUCAGACCUGUUUUGCAAUCCUUGGAGAAAAGGGCGUGACAUGGGAGACUAUACAGCUUCAGAUAAACAUGUAUACAGCACCAGUUUUACUUGGCGCCUUCCUUGGAUUUUUAAAUAUUAUUCUGAUCAUUAUUAUAUUAAGAGAGCAUCGUGUGGAUGACACAGGACGACAGUGUACAAGUAUUAAUAAUGAAGAAGUAAGAAGAGAUGAUAUUCAGAUUCCCCAGAUAAGUAUUGAUCAAGUGGCUGUAGUGACUACCAAUGUUCUGUUUUUUGUGAUCCUAUUUAUCUUUGCCCUUUUUGAAACCAUCCUAACUCCAUUAACAAUGGAUAUGUAUGCCUGGACUGCAGUACAAGCUGUAUUGUAUGAUGGAAUAAUACUUGCUGCUCUUGGAGUUGAGGCUGUUCUUGUUUUCAUAGGGAUUAAAUCACUUGCCAAAUUGAUUGGUGAGCGUCCUCUUCUGCUGGGAGGAUUUGUCAUCACAUGGAUUGGCUUCUUUAUCUUGUUACCUUGGGGAAAUCAAUUUCCCAAGAUACAGUGGCAAGAUUUACAUAAUCAUACAAUUCCUAAUACCACAUUUGGAGAAACUAUUAUUACUCUUUGGCAGUCUCCAAGAAAUCUGAGAGAAGGACCAACUGGUUGCCCAAUUAUACAAGCCUGGUGCCUUUAUACCCCCAUGAUCCACCUAUCUCAGUUCAUCACAUCAGUUGUGUUAAUUGGAAUAAGCUAUCCAUGCAGCAAUGUUAUGGCAUAUACAAUUUAUUCAAAAAUUUUGGGACCAAAACCUCAGGGUUUGUACAUGGGCUGGUUAACAGCUUCUGGAAGUGCAGCACGGAUUCUUGGACCUGUGUACAUCAGCCAAGUGUACACUUCCUGGGGCCCAAGGUGGGCAUUCGGCCUUGUGUGUGGAAUAGUUCUGCUCAGCAUCACACUCCUGGGAGUGGUUUACAAAAGACUCAUUGCUUUUUCUAUAAGGAAUGGAACGAUUCAAGAGUAA